GCCGGAAGGCCACGACACACUGUGAUUUUGUGAUCAAAAAAAGAUUUUAUUUUACACUUUAUAAUGCCUGGAAUGCAGUUUGAAUACGAUGAAAAGGGUGGAACCUUUUACUAUUUUGUAUUAUCUUUCUAUGCCCUUGUUUUGAUACCAGUCACUUACUAUCUUUGGCCAAGCUGGGAAUCAAAAGAUUCAGGGAAGUUACGGCGUCUGUGCCACUGUGAAGCAUGUCAGGCAAAGAGGCAGAGGUUACAUUCAAAAAGACCUUGGACAACAUUCAAAAGAAAAGGUGUAACGAUUGGCCUCGGGAUAGCCUGGGUCAUAUUUAUGAUUUUGAUUUACAAAGUCUCACAGUUGGAGCUAGAUCAUGUAGAGUAUGAUCCCUUUAUUGAACUUGGAAUUGAUCGGGAUGCAUCAACAAUAGAAAUCAAGAAAGCAUAUAGAAAGCUGAGUUUGAAGUACCAUCCCGAUGGAAAGACAGGAGAUUCUAAAAAGUUCAUGAGAAUAGCCAAAGCCCAUGAAGCACUAACCAAUGAGGAAUCACGGAAAAAUUGGCAAGAAUAUGGCAGCCCAGAUGGGCCUGGGGCUACACACUUUGGAAUUGCUCUACCGAAAUGGAUAGUAGAGAAGCAGAAUUCUAUAUGGGUCUUGGCCAUGUAUGGUCUUGUUUUCAUGGUGGUUCUACCUGUCGCUGUGGGCACAUGGUGGUACCGGUCUAUCAAGUUCAGUGGGGAUCAAGUGCUUUUGGACACAACACAGCUCUACUAUUAUUUUUUCCACAAGACACCAAACAUGAUCAUGAAAAGAGUGAUUAUGAUUCUCGCUGGCUCCAUGGAGUUUGAGAAAGGGCACAAUCCAGAAAUAUGUGAGAGACCAUCUGAUAAUGAAGAGAUACCAGCCGUGAUGCGUGAACUCCAGAAUCUUGAAGAGAAAAAGCGAGAGAGGCCCCUUUUCUAUCCUUACAGUAUCAAAGCCAGAGCAUUGAUUCACUCUCAUCUAUCCCGCUUGGAGUUGCCUCCAAAAUCUUUAGAAUUAGAUAAGCAGUUGAUAUUGAAAAAAUGUCCUUAUCUGAUAAAUGAGAUGGUUACUAUUGUAGCCCAACUAGUAGCAUUGGCACAUGCUGGAAGAGCUUCCCAUGUCCCUCGCAUCGAGACGAUAGAAAAUACGAUGAAGUUGAGUCAGAUGAUAAUACAGGCUCUCUGGGACAAAAAGAGUGCGCUGCUGCAGUUGCCCCAUAUUAGGGAGGAUAUGCUGAGACAUUUUCAAAAUAAAAGAAGACACAUAAGAAGUAUAGAAGAGUUUGUGAAAAUGACAGAAGAAGAUCGACGUAUCAUGUUACGUAGUAUGUCUGAUGAUGAUUACAGAGACGUGAUGAUUGUCUGUGCAUCAAUGCCAUAUAUACAAAUGAAUGUGACCUCGGGGGUCCUUGAUGAUGACGAUAGUACAGUUACUGCUGGGUCGAUAGUCACCGUCACAGUUGAGUUGGUGCGUCAGAAUAUGGAAGUGCUAUUUGACAAGGAUCUUAACUUGAACGAGCUGGAGGAAAUCUCUCUUGAGGAGAACGAAGAUGAGGGUGCUUUGGAGGAGAAGGGAGACGGGAUGGAUGAAGAUGAAGAGGAUGAUGACAAUGAGAAUGAAAAAGAAAACAAAAAUAAGGCUGCCACUGAUUCUACAGCUCCAAAGCCCAAGGUGUGGGAGAAGCAACAGAAAAAGAAAAAAGGUGGUGCCAGUAAAAAGAAAAAGAAACCAGUCAAGCAGCCAUACGUUAGGAAUGCCGUUAAGAAGGAAGAGGAAAAUAAGGAGAAUGCUGUUGCUCUAGCUAACAAGGAAAAGAAAGAUGCGAAACGCGAAAGAGUAGAAGACAAUGAUGAAGAGAGUGGUUCCAACAUGAGCGAGAGUGAGGGCGGCGAAGAGUCAACACCAACGACUCGUCGAAAGAAUCGGAAACCCGAGGAUGAUGAGGAGGAUUGGAUGAAGUUUCAAGAAGAGGCGAAGAAGGAGAAUGCUUUGGAGACAAAGUCGAAAGAAUCCCACGUGGUGCAUUGUCCUUACUUUCCUAUCGAAAAACACGAGUGGUGGUGGGUGUAUGUUACUGACAGGAAGAACCACAGCUUAAUCACGGCCCCUGUGCAGAUAUGUGGCCUCAAGGAAAGAGAAGAAGUCCAGCUUAAGUUCUCUGCUCCUCCCAAGCCUGGCUUGUACCACUACCAAGUCUGCCUAAAAUCAGAUUCCUAUCUGGACUUUGAUCGUUCACACACUGUUAAGCUCGAUGUGAAAGAAGCGCGCAAGGUUGAGAACCAUCCACAAUGGGACAUCUCGGAUGAGGAUGAGGAUCAUGAUGAGGAGGAUGUAUCAGACUCGGAGGGAACAACUGAUUAUGAAGAUUCAGAUUAAGAACAUUGCCAAUUAUUUGGAUUAUACUGAUUGAGUAGAUUAAGAUUUCCUAAAUCUCCUGAGUAUAAUCUUGACUGUGGGCUAUUCAAUCAUUUAGAUGGUUUUGAUAGGAAAAUUCUGCUGAGAAAGAUGCAUAUCUUAUUGUCCUACCUGGAUAUUUCUAUCUGGAAAGACAGUGGCACAUCCCUCUUCCUUUAUCAACACCCUCUUUGUUUGUACUGGUUAGUUUUAAACAAAGUUGAUAAACUAUUUAUCAACUUUUUUCCCAAAUAUGAUUAUUUCUGAACAUCUUAGCCUCUGUAAUCAGUAUACACCUCUUUAUUGAAGUGUUCUCUGUAUAGAGAUUCUAUCUUAUUAUAUUGUACCAGCCUUGUCCAACAAAAAUAAUUGAAUAGUAUCGAACAAGAUCAUUUAACUUGGUAGAUUCCUUAAUCAUUCAAGGGCUGAGAAGAUAAAAUCUAAAUGUUGAAAAAAAUUGAGGUCAGCAUAUCUGUUUUGGGAAGGAAAAAUACUAUCAACAUCAUAAAACCUUUCUGAAUAAGAUAAGCUUUAUUCAUCGGGUACAGGUCACAUUUUCUUGAUCUGAUGAAGAUUUUCUGUUUAAAAACAAUCAAAAUAAAUCAUCUUGGCCACUGAGGGUUUAUGUUAAAUCAUUGUUCGAAGUUUCAGAAUGGGAAUCAUUCCGUCUUUUUGGAAUUAACACUACAGAUGAGUCGAUACUUGAUAAUCAUUUAUUACUCUUUGGGGUUGACUCUUGGCUUAUGUCUGCAGUAUUUAUUCAUAUCCCUUCUGCAACAGAAGCUGCUCGUCCACUUCUUCAAUGCUAUAAAGAACCUUCUCCAACCUGACAAGUUGGGACACAGUAGAACCGAGGGGAACACGCCAGUAAUGUGACCAUGACAUCCAGAAUUCUCGGGUUAGGAUUGCUUUCCUCUUUAAUUUCUAUUGACAGACCCUUGCCAACACGCCCAACUUGGUACCUAGACCUCAGCCACUCGUUUUACCAGUCCUAAUCAUCAAAUUCAUCAACACGACAACCCCGGCAACGCGCCCACUUUUAUUCUGUCGCAUGAUUGGUCAGAUUACAAGGUUCCACUGCAGGCAUUUUGCCAAUUGCGAAUAUUUAGGGUACAUUGUGUUGGUCAUAGAGCUAAGCAUUUUCUAUGCUUUACUUCUUUAGGAUAAAGAAAGUUCUUUUUCAGUCCAUGCUAGGACAGGCUAUGGCCUAUUUCUAUUCAAAACAGCAAGAUUGAGAAAUGAACAUUUUUAUAAAUCAAGACAAUUAACUUUAGGUUUGUUAGAAAACGUUGCAUUUGGUGAUGAUGUCCUCAAUAUUUUAAGUGUAUUUGUUUGUUGGUGCCUGUUUUUUCUGCUUGACUACGCUGUGCUGUCUUAUGUUGUAUAAGGAUUUGGGCUUAUAAUAGACAAGAAUUAAUGUGCAAAGACAGGUUUGGGCUUGUGCGGGUAUUAUUUGUAGGUCUUUGUAGAAACAUUUUUAAUGAAAUUCAUUUGAUAAAGUUCAUUUUUGGGGUUGAGCCAAUCACGCUACGAUAUUGUAUUAUUGUAUGUUUUGCUAGAGAUUUUUGUUGAUCUAGCCUGUUUAAAUGCCAGUUUGGAGGAGGAGGCGCAAUGAAUAAUGCGAGUAAUCAGUUUGGGAGAGCAAGCAUUGGGUACAAUGCAUAAGGCUGGCAGCAUAUAUUUGGUACAUUAAAACCUGUCAGUCAUUAGUUUGCACUUCAUUUAUUGAACAUUGACAGACAUCUUACCAUCUGAUAAGAAGCACCUGUACCAAGUUAUUUGUAGAUGUAUGAUCAUAUGGUAAAUCAAGAAUUCCCAAAGUCUUUAUGAAUUCUUGCUAAAAUUGUUUCUUUUUAUGAAUACCUGUAGAAGGAUCUAAACCAGCCUAUUGUUCAUGUACACUAGUAAUAAAUGCAUACCCCUCUCAUCAUACUGGUGUACUGGGCAACAGUAAGGCCAAAGUCAAAAAGGAAGAUGUGGCUGACAAUAUCAAUAAAUAGGCUGCAUCUGGGCCACCAGGCAGACAUCUAUGUAUUCAAAGCGUAGGGUCUGAAAUAAAUUUGAAGUUU